CUCUUUACGAAUUACAAUUUCUUUAGUGCAGGUGGACUCGUCUAUUGCUAGAGGUUCUGAUGGCAGAAUACCCCAGUUUUGAUACUUUAUAUCAGCAAUUACAACAAAUAUGGGAUGUGGUUGGUGCAUGUGAAAUUAAACGUCGUUUCACGUUGUUUCAAAUAGGCCAUGAAUGCAGGGACAUUUACAGGAGAAAAUUUGAUCAAGCUGGAAAGUGGAGAGCACAGAUUUGCAAGGUUCUGGAGGCAUCACCAAAUGACGAGAACGCAGUCACCACUCAUUUUGCUUUAUUGCAAGGAUUACAACAAAUAUGGGUUGAGGUUGGUAAGACUGGUGAUGAACGCGAUAAGAUAAUGCUUCAUGAAUACUUGAACGUUUACAAGAGAAAAGUUGGUCUAGCUGCAAAGAGGAGAGCAGGCCUUCUCCAGGUGUUGUCUGAUUCAAAAGCUGAGAUUUACAGUCUUGAUUUGGCUCUCGGGAAGGAAAAUGUUCCUCUAGUGAGUAAACACAAGCUUUACAUUCUCCGAUGAUUUUAUAAAACACUAAACUUUAGAUGCGCAUGUGGGGAUCAAGUUUACAAAACUUGCAGCUUAACUGAGUGACUGUAGUGUAGUAUAUCUAUAUAAUUGUUCUACAGCCUAAUUUGACGGGAACAAUCAAGCAACAAGUAGAUGCUGCACUUCGAGCACUAACGCAACUAUGGAAGAUGAAACAUGAAAAGGAGUUUGAUGAUUUACAAUCACAGGCAGGAACUCCUGCAGUUACUGAGGAAGAUCAUGUUCCACACGUCGACAGCGACAAUCAACAACUAUAGUUCCAACACUUGAAAAGGUAUCAUGCUUCACCCAAUCUACGAUGAAACAUGUAAAAAAUUUGGUUGGUUUACUCAGAGGAUUAAGGUA